AUGAAAAAUCACACAACACUAACCAGAUUCAUCCUCCUGGGACUGACAGAUGACCCUCAACUACAGAUUCUGAUUUUUAUAUUUCUCCUUAUCACCUACAUGUUGAGUAUAAGUGGAAACCUGAGCAUCAUCCUCCUUACAUUAGUAGAUUCUCACCUUAGAACUGCCAUGUAUUUUUUUCUCCAAAAUUUCUCGUUCUUAGAAAUCUCAUUCACCUCUGCCUGUAUUCCUAUAUUUCUGUAUAGUCUAUCAACAGGAGACAGGGCAAUUACCUACAAUUCUUGUGCAUGCCAACUCUUUUUUACAUAUCUGUUUGGAAUAACGGAAUUUUUUCUCCUGGCCACCAUGUCCUAUGAUCGCUACGUAGCCAUCUGCAAACCCCUGCAUUACAUGACCAUCAUGAACCACAGGGUCUGUCAAAGACUUAUCUUCUGCUGUUGGUUGAUUACUUUGUUGCUCAUCCUUCCACCACUUAGCUUAGUUUUAAAACUCGAAUUCUGUAACUCUAAUAUCAUUGACCACUUUGUCUGUGAUACCAACGCUCUCUUGAAGAUCUCAUGCUCAGAUACAUGGUUCAUAGAACAAAUGGUGGUUGUCUGCUCUGCACUGAUACUUUUCAUGACUCUGGUGUGUGUGGUUUUGUCCUACACAUAUAUCAUCAGAACAAUUCUAAGAUUCCCCUCUGCUCAACAAAGGACAAAAGCCUUUUCCACAUGUUCUUCCCACAUUAUUGUGGUUUCUAUCACCUAUGGCAGCUGCAUCUUUGUUUAUAUCAAACCUUCAGCAAAAGAUGAAAUGACCAUCAAUAAGGGGGUGUCAAUACUCAUUACUUCCAUUUCCCCCAUGUUAAAUCCAUUUAUUUAUACUCUGAGGAACAAGCAAGUAAAACAAGCUUUUAAUGACUUAGUCAAAAGAUUUAUAUUGCUCUCUUCUACAAAUAAGAACUUGCUGAAUAUGUUUCUGGUCCUGACUUAUAUUCUUAACAUAAAACAGCAUUUUCACAGGGGAUCAUUCUCUGACCUCAUAUCAUUACUCCACCACCAAUAUUACCA